CGACGGUGUCUAGAACAGCAGCAUGUGUUACCGAGAAACCACCGUGUAGCUACAGGGGAGGCCGCACGCCGUCUCUAAGCUCUGUUGCCCGCGUCACAACGACCAAAACCACUGGGCAGACCGAGACAAACCGAAAGAAACACCUUCGAGGCUUGAGACUAGACCAGAAACGCAACACAUGACUUACGUUUCCGUUACUGCUGAAUCGGUUUUGGUGGCGGUAUCUUCAGACUAACACCACCCACCGUGUGGAAAUCGAAACCUAUCAGUAGAAUAAAGGCGUAACUUAUAAAGGACUCAAACUCUCAAUAAGGGCUCAGAGAGACUUCCUGCAACCCAGCAAAACUUCCAUUUCGGACGAUGGCGUUCAGUCAGCAGUCCCCUUUCUACAACCCAAAUAUCCCCUUCACUGGAUCAAUCCAUGGCGGUCUGCAAGAGGGGAAGAUAAUCACCAUCACUGGACGAGUCCUGCCUUUAGCCGACAGGUUCUGUGUGAAUUUGCAGUGUGGUUCCAGGACCAAUGCAGACAUUGCCCUCCAUAUCAACCCGCGGUAUGACAGUCUCCCUAUAUAUGUGGUUACCAACACAUGCCACUCUGGCAGCUGGGGCAAAGAAGAGAGGAAGUAUGAAUCUCCGUUCCCUGCUGGCUCUCCCUUCAGCCUGCUCAUCACAGUCACCCGUGAUUUCUUCCAGAUAAGUGUAAAUGGCUGCCACUUUAUGGAGUACAAACAUCGUAUUCCAUUCCACCCGGUGGACACCAUCUCAGUAGCAGGGAAAGUAGAAAUUUCCUGCAUUGCCUUCCAGAACUCUAUGGCAUUUCCUGCUCAGCCUGCAUUUGCUUCACAAGUAGCCUAUCCCGCCUCGGCUGCCUUCCCCUCCUCUUCCCCAUUUCCUCCUACGCCUGGAUUCCCGGUGCAGCCCGGAUUCCCGGUGCAGCCUGGAUUCCCGGUGCAGCCUGGAUUCCCGGUGCAGCCUGGAUUCCCAUCUCAGCCACAGUUUCCUCCUGCAAUGCCUACUGUUCCAUACAAGAGCAUCAUCAGUGGUGGACUCAGACCUGGCAGGACCAUCACUAUCCAGGGGACUGUUCACCCCAAUGCCCAAAGGUUCCAUGUGAAUCUUGGCUAUAAAUCUGGCAUUGCUCUGCAUUACAAUCCACGUUUCAAUGAGAACGCUGUGGUUCGAAACACCAAGCAGAGGGGGCAGUGGAACACUGAGGAGCGGGAUGGAGGGAUGCCAUUCCACCAAAGCCAGCCUUUCACGUUGACCAUCUUUUGUGAGCAUCACUCCUUCAGGAUUGUGGCCAAUGGGAUGCAGGCACACACCUACAAGUAUCGUAUCACUCCACUCCAACAUAUUACAACCCUAGAGAUUGACGGUGACAUCAGUCUGACCUCUGUGGUGGUGUAGUGAUCCAGGACCUUUGGCUGGUGUUGACAUCUUACACACAGUCCCCACAAUUAUUGCAUUUUUCAUUUAAUUCAUAUUUGAUUGCUCCUGGUAUUUACUGGGUACGGCAUAUUCACCUCCUGCAUAUUCAUACUACAACUAAGCAUUUCAAUUUUUAUAUUAUUAUAUGUUGUACAUUUCCUGAGCACAUUGGUUCCUAAAGGAUACAUUCACUUACAGUUUAUAAAGUCAAUUUCAAUCUCGUUAAAUUCAUUAGUCCUGGGUUUGUCCACUGUCAUACUGUGCGAUGUGGGUAAAUAGUCACUGAAGUGGAAGGAGACAAGACAAGUUGGGAAAAAGUAGUUACACCAAAGCAGCAAAUUACAUUAUGCAAGCCCAUAAUUACACCUCAAUUCACUGAACAUCAGACGGAAAGCAGCUAUGAAAGUGAAAAUGACCAACAGUGGAUUUGUCACUGAGAUUUAUGAGUUUCUAAAAAAUCACACUGCUGUACAUUACAAUUGCCUCUUAAUUGUGUAAUAAUUAAUGCUUUGUGAAACAUUGAAAUUAAAAAUGUUGU